AUGCUCUAUCUGACAGUGAAAGGGGAAACAUUAAUUUCUCGCCUAUACCUGUUCCCCUGGAACCCCGGCCAAAUACAGGCUGUGAAACAACAGGAAAAUUCUCAAGGGUCUACAAAUAUUCUCAUCUCAGGACCAGAGCAGUCCUUCAAACUGAAUAGUUACUUCAGACUGAGCAUUCCCUGUUCUACCGCCAUCAAUCCACAGAAGAUUCAUCUCAUACAUAGACACAAAACACCAAGCUUUUUCAGGGCGCUUGUGAAAAUGACAGGGAUUGACAUUGAGAUGGAGUUAUUCAGUGAUGAUGAGAUGACAGUAUGGACAGAAAUAGUAUCACGAGAUCAGGGUGUGACAGAAUACGUCACUGACACCCAUUCAACAAGUGCUGUGUUGGGGGCAGGAGGUCCAGCUGAGAGCAGUCUGACUGGUUCUACAGAGCAGCAGCUGCGUUCUGUACGGACAGAGUUUGUGAAACGAGUGUCAAAACCUGUCCUGGAUGGUCUGCUGGACGGACUCCUGCAACACACAGUCAUCAACCAGGAGGAAAUGGAGUCAGUGAAGGGGAUAGCUGAGAGGGCAGAGAAGGCACGUGACAUCAUCGACAUGGUGUUGAGAAAAGGAACUGAGUCGUGUUCCAGGAUGAUCAACCUUCUUGGGGAGCUUGACCCCUGUCUUUGUUCACAGCUUCAGAUCAACAGUGUUGGUGUACCAACCUAAUGGUAGAAUGGAUAGUAACAGUGUUGGGGUACCAACCUAAUGGUAGAAUGGAUAGUAACAGUGUUGGGGUACCAUCCUACUGGUAGAAUGGAUAGUAACAGUGUUGGGGUACCAACCUAAUGGUAGAAUGGAUAGUAACAGUGUUGGGGUACCAACCUAAUGGUAGAAUGGAUAGUAACAGUGUUGGGCUACCAACCUAAUGGUAGAAUGGAUAGUAACAGUGUUGGGGUACCAACCUAAUGGUAGAAUGGAUAGUAACAGUGUUGGGGUACCAUCCUAAUGGUAGAAUGGAUAGUAACAGUAUUGGGGUACCAUCCUAAUGGUAGAAUGGAUAGUAACAGUGUUGGGGUACCAUCCUAAUGGUAGAAUGGAUAGUAACAGUGUUGGGGUACCAACUUAAUGGUAGAAUGGAUAGUAACACUCCUAUUCAACACCAUGGGGUGUAUUCACUAGGAAACAGGCCUGAUCCUAGAUCAACACCAUGGGGUGUAUUCACUAGGAAACAGACCUGAUCCGAGAUCAACACUCCUAUUCAACACCAUGGGGUGUAUUCACUAGGAAACAGACCUGAUCCGAGAUCAACACUCCUAUUCAACACCAUGGGGUGUAUUCACUAGGAAACAGACCUGAUCCUCGAUCAGGACUCCUAUUCAACACCAUGGGGUGUAUUCACUAGGAAACAGACCUGAUCCUAGAUCAACACUCCUAUUCAACACCAUGGGGUGUAUUCACUAGGAAACAGACCUGAUCUUAGAUCAGGACUCCUAUUCAACACCAUGGGGUGUAUUCACUAGGAAACAGACCUGAUCCUAGAUCAACAUUCCUAUUCAACACCAUGGGGUGUGUUCACUAGGAAACAGACCUGAUCCUAGAUCAACACUCCUAUUCAACACCAUGGGGUGUAUUCACAAGGAAACAGACCUGAUCCUAGAUCAACACCAUGGGGUGUGUUCACUAGGAAACAGACCUGAUCCUAGAUCAACACCAUGGGGUGUAUUCACUAGGAAACAGACCUGAUCCUAGAUCACCACUCCUAUUCAACACCAUGGGGUGUGUUCACUAGGAAACAGACCUGAUCCUAGAUCAACACCAUGGGGUGUAUUCACUAGGAAACAGACCUGAUCCUAGAUCAUCACUCCUAUUCAACACCAUGGGGUGUAUUCACUACAUUUACAUUUAAGUAAUUUAGCAGACGCUCUUAUCCAGAGCGACUUACAAAUUGGUGCAUUCACCUUAUGAUAUCCAGUGGAACAACCACUUUACAAUAGUGCAUCUAACUCUUUUAAGGGGGGGGGGGGGGGGGUUAGAAGGAUUACUUUAUCCUAUCCUAGGUAUUCCUUAAAGAGGUGGGGUUUCAGGUGUCUCCGGAAGGUGGUGAUUGACUCCGCUGACCUGGCGUCGUGAGGGAGUUUGUUCCACCAUUGGGGUGCCAGAGCAGCGAACAGUUUUGACUGGGCUGAGCGGGAACUGUACUUCCUCAGAGGUAGGGAGGCGAGCAGGCCAGAGGUGGAUGAACGCAGUGCC